GCCCAUCUCGCCGCCGAGCGCCCUAGAUCCCUCCCCUCGCUCAUCUUCCUCGGUUCCUCGUCGCGUGAGUGCCGCCAACCCUCCCUCCUUCGGGUCCAUCCCGCUGCCGAGCGCCGCCCCAGCCCCCUCGCUCGUUUUCCUCCUCGCGCGAGCGCCGCCACCGCCGCUUGAAUCCAGUUCAAGUAACAAGCAGAAGCCAUGGCAUCUCGUUUUUGGGGACAGGGAGCCAGUGACUCCGAGGAGGAGGUGGAGGAUAUAGAUUCAGAACAAGGGGGUGAUAGCGAGAAAUCAGAAGCUGGUGAUGGGGGGCGUGAGGGGUCUAAGAACCCCUAUUUGAGCAAAUAUACAAGUGACAGUGAUGAUUCUGAUGUUGAUAACCCCCGUGUGAUUCGCUCAUUGAAGGAUAAGCGCAACGAUGAGAUGAAAGCUACUGCGGACCAGAUGCGCAAUGCAAUUAAGAUAAAUGACUGGCUUAGCUUGCAAGAGAGUUUUGACAAGCUCAACAAGCAGCUUGAGAAGGUUGUACGUAUAAAUGAGUCUACCAAAGUUCCAAAUAGAUAUAUCACAACUCUUGUAUUACUGGAGGACUUCCUUACUCAGACUCUUGCAAACAAGGAAGCCAAGGAUAAGAUGAGUAGAAGCAACUCGAAGGCUCUCAAUGCGAUGAAGCAAAAACUUAAGAAGAACAACAAGCAGUAUGAAGAUCUAAUCCAGAAGUGCAGGGAGAAUCCAGAGAGUUUUGAAGAUGAUGUUGCUGAUGAGAAGGAUGUUGAUGAUGAGGAUGAGGAUGAUGAUGAUAGUGGUGAAGAUAUUGUAGAUCCUGAUAAGAUGGCUCUGUCUGAAUCGGAAGAGUCAGGUAAUGAAGACAACGAGGGUGAAGAGGGUGGAGGCUGGGAAAAGAAGUUGAGCAAGAAAGAUAAAAUUAUGGAUAAGCAGUUCAUGAAAGACCCGAGUGAGAUUACAUGGGAUAUUGUUGAUAAAAAGCUCAAAGAGAUAGUGGCAUCCAGGGGUAAGAAAGGCACUGGGAGAGUUGAACGUGUGGAGCAGCUAACGUUUUUGACCCGUGUGGCAAAAACGCCUGCCCAGAAACUUGAAAUUCUUUUUCAUGUGAUCUCUGCCCAGUUCGACGUGAACCCUAGCUUACUUGGUCAUAUGCCUGUCAUUGUGUGGAAGAAGUGUGUUAAUAAUAUGCUUAUUGUGCUUGAUAUACUGCAACAGUAUCCUAACAUAGUAGUAGACACCUCAGUGGAGCCUGAUGAGAAGGAAACUCAAAAGGGUGCCGACUACAAUGGAACUAUCCAUGUUACAGGUGACCUAGUUGCAUUCCUGGAGAGAAUAGACUCUGAAUUUUUUAAGAGUUUGCAGUGCAGCGAUCCCUAUACCAAAGAUUAUGUUCAAAGGCUUAGAGAUGAACCCUUGUUUUCGGUGCUUGCACAGACUGUCCAAGAAUACCAGGAAAGGGUUGGGAACCUUAAGGCUGCUGCCAAGGUUGCGCUACGUCGUGUUGAACUAGUCUACUACAAACCUCAGGAAGUGUAUGAUGCAAUGAGAAAACUGGCUGAGCAGACUGAGGCUGGCAUAGAGGAUGGAGAUGCUGAUACUGGUGAUGAGUAUCAAGCAGCUGAUAACUACAGGGGAACACCACCUUUUGUUGUGAUUCCAGAAGUUGUUCCUAGGAAGCCUACUUUUCCAGAGAGUGGCAGAGUUUUGAUGGAUGGAUUGAUGUCUUUAAUUUACAAGUACGGAGAUGAAAGGACCAAAGCCCGGGCAAUGUUGUGUCACAUAUAUCACUAUGCAAUCUCUGAUGAAUUUUCAGUGGCUCGUGACUUGCUCUUAAUGAGUCGUUUACAAGAUGGGGUUCAACUUCUGGACAUAUCAUCACAGAUAUUAUUCAACAGGGCCAUGGCCCAACUGGGGUUAUGUGCUUUCCGGGCUGGUUUAAUAGCUGAGGCUCAUAGUUGCUUGUCUGAGUUAUAUUCAACUGGGAGAGUGAAAGAAUUGCUUGCGCAAGGCGUACAGCAAAGCAGAUACCAUGAAAAAACUCCAGAACAGGAAAGGCUUGAGAGGAGAAGGCAGAUGCCUUACCAUAUGCAUAUAAACCUUGAACUUUUGGAAGCCGCACACUUGAUCUGUGCAAUGCUAAUUGAGGUCCCCAAUAUGGCCGCCAAUACUUUUGAUAAGCGGAGACCUAUGAGCAAAACAUUUCGCAGGCUUCUUGAUAUGAGCGAGAGGCAGACUUUUGUUGGUCCUCCGGAAACUGUGAGGGAUCAUGUAUUGGCUGCCACAAGAGCCCUCAAUAAGGGCGACCACGAGAAGGCUUUCAGUGUGAUCGCUUCUCUGGAUACCUGGAAGCUUUUGAGGAACAAGGAUCACAUUCUUGAGAUGCUGAAGCUGAAGAUCAAGGAAGAGGCUCUUAGAACCUAUAUGUUUUCUUACUCAUCUUGCUACGAGUCCCUGAGCCUUGUCCAACUCACCACGAUGUUUGACCUUAACGAGUCACAGGCUCAUAGCAUUGUUAGCAAGAUGAUGAUGCUUGAGGAGCUUCAUGCAAGCUGGGACCAACCAACCAAGUGUAUUAUUUUCCACAGCGUGGAUCAAACUAGGCUGCAGGGACUGCUGUUCCAGAUGGCAGAUAGGCUAUCUGUCCUUGUGGAGAGCAAUGAGAGGGCAUAUGAGGCUAGAACUGGUGGUGCUCUUGAGGGGGCUCCGCCGAGGCGCAGGGGUGGUGAUGGUCAAGACUCAUCCAAUCUGGGGAAGUGGCAAGAGAACUUUGCAUCAUCACAAGGGCGGCGUGGGGGUGGAAGGUUUGGAUACUCUGGCAGAACUGGAGGCUCUGGACGUGGUGGCGGCGGCUACCAAAAUGACAGGUUCCAAAAUGAUAGAAGUGGUCAAGGUUCUCGUGGGGGCUAUGGUGGUGGUUCACGAUUCCACGAUGGAAGGACUCGCACACAGUCUGGUUCAUCAUCUAGAGGGGAUGGUAGUGCACGCAUGGUGAGCCUGAACAGGGCUGGUAGAGGUUAGAAGGGUUAUACAGUAACAAUUAUUUUGAUCAAGGUUUUUGCAAGUUUUGAAGCACCGGUUACUUGAGAUAUACAUCCGUUCUGAACCCAAAUAUUCGUCUGCUCUAUCUCGUUGUAGCUUUUAAUUUGAAUCUGUUGCGAAACUUGAGACUAAGAGUUUCUUUCGUUGUGCCGUUAUGUAUGCACUCCUAUACUUGAUAAGUUCCCAACUAUUUACUGUUACCGUUAUGUUUGAAGUUUA